ACCGUUUUAACUGUCGUACUGAACAGAUYGCUUUUUGAGAACRAGUAAUUGUUAGAGAAUUUAUUAAAAUGUCUUUUUCAAGAUACCCAAAUCAGARAAGUGUCUGGAACCAGGGCUCGCUUUACCAGGAGAACGAGCGUUUGAAAGUCUUGCUCAGAGAUGAACAGGCAAAAUGGUUACAUGAACAUACCAGUGCUGCCAAGCUGAGGCAGGAACUGUUUAACACUAGGGUCCAGCUGGAAGAUCAGAAGUCUCUGACAGAAGUUUUUAUCCAGAAGGAGAAAGAGAUUCGGCAAGAAAUGCUGGAGAGAAUUCAAAGGUACCGUAAAGCAGAUACUCUGAGAUGUGCCAGCAUCGCUUCCCACGUGGUUCUUCAACAGGAACACAAAGAACUGAAAGUGUCCUAUGUUGUCAGCCAGGAGAAACUUUCAUCUGAGCUCCAACUGGAAAAACAAAAAACUCUGGAGCUCCAGAAAUACCUAGAUGAGGCCAAAAACUUGAAUGACCAGCUGAGCUUGGAGGUUGCUUCGCUUAGUCAAGAGUCUUUGAAGUUCCAAGAAGAAUCUGAGGAGAACCGGCGUCUGUUAGAUGCGGAAAAAAACAAGUCGAUUCUUUUACAACAAAACAUGUCAGAGCAAAUCGAGGCUUUGWCGAAAAACGCUCAAGAAAAUCAGAAAAAAAUGAUGGAAGAGCUCCAACAAAUGAAAACGGCUUACCAGGAUCUUAAAGUCAGCAAAGACUCCGAUAUUCUGACUUACAAGGUGUUGUCGGAAGCAUUUUCACAAGAGCUCAACGCAUCUUUGCAGGAAAACAAGAAAGAGCUGGCGAAAAUGAACACCCUCCAGUCAGAAAACAAGACCCUGCAAGAGACGGUGGCUCAGAUGAUCCAAGAGCUGCAAAAUAUGAAAACUGAGAACCAGACUGAGCGUGAAAAGAUGGAAACAGCUUACCAGCAACUUAAAGCCAGCCACGAUAUAGAAGUCCAGACUUACAAAAUCCAGUCUGAAACAUAUUUACAAGACCUCAACAAACAAAUUAAAGAUUAUUUUCGGAGUGAGAAGCAAUACCUGCAGAUAACCAACUUUCUCCAGGCAGAAAACAAGACUCUGCAGGACAUUGUGACCCAGAAGACCCAGUUGUUGGAAAAACAGAAGGGGUUCAAACAGAUGGAAUCAUCUCAGAGACACCAGAAAGCCAGCCUGGAGGUGGAGGCUCCGUCAGAAGCUUUGUUUCUCAGCCGAAACGUUCCAGCUGGCAAAGCCCUCCUGCAGGUCUCUGGUGGUGAGACCACAACUCCAGAGAAAAACACAUCCUUCUGGGAAAGAACCCGACACCUCCUUGGCCUGACGAAGCCCAAGAGUUGGAAAAA